ACAAGGUAUUUUUUCCCGAAAAUCAAAAAAAUCUUUAAAAAAAAUCAUUCUAUACUACUAGGGAUGGGCCAAAAAUUUUUAACAACAAUCACGUUGUCAACUAACCUAAAUGCUCAGACUCAUCCAGCGUUAAGCGAUAUAGUUUUAGAUUUUUUGGUAAAUCUUUUAUAAAAUUUGGAGUUGAUAGUGCCCAUCACUGUAAAUACUGUCUACAAAUUCAUUAUUUAAAGCGCCUUAUAUGUAUUUCUAAAGAUUUUUUCUGGAUGAAGUCAUUUUGAAAAUAUGAUGGUUUGAAAUGGUUCUCUAGAAAUUUUAUGGAACUUGCAAUUUUUUCAAUAAUUCAAAGACAUUAAAAGAUAAAUAACAUUACCUCAAAAUUAACCAACUAAUAGGUAGGGAGUAAAAAAACCUGAGUAAUAUGGUUUCGUAUGGCUGUGGCUGUGAUGAGUUUUUAAGGUAGUAUUUCUUACGUAAGGUUUUUGGAAACCCCCCCUACCCCCCUAGUAAGAGAUCGUAAGCAAAUGUGAAACCCCCCCACCCCCCCUAUGUGCUUACGUAAUUAGUGAACAGCCCCUAUACGCAAAAGCCAGCUGAGGGAUCAUGAAAGCAUUCAUACUGGUAACAAUGCGUAUCAUUGCAAGCUUUGUGACAACUCCUUCAGCCAUAGAAAAAAACUUCAGCUGCAUCUUCGAACGCAUGAGCCUGCUGUAGAAAAAAUAUCGGGUUUGGAACAGACCUUUUCUAAGAGCACCUUUGGUUGCGAAUAGAUGAACUCCAACACAAAAAUUGCAUUGACAAAGCGACAACAAAUUCCUUAAGCAUCAACUCUGAAGAAGAUUUUUAAUUGUAGAAAGUUGAGUGAAGCCGCUGAAACGGAGUUGUUCCGAGCGUCAUGUCCACAGAUAUUUGCCGGGUAUGCAUGGAUGGCGACUUCGAGGGCACCGAGUACGAGGAUAGUGAACGAAAGUUGAUUCCGAUAUUCUCGAAACUGGAGGAUGUUUUCAUUGCAAAUAUUGUGGCCGAGUGUACGGCCAUCGAAAUCGAGGAAGACGAUGGUCUGCCCGCGGUUAUUUGCCGGGGCUGUGUGGACGAUCUGAAGUACUUUAUCGCGUUCAUCCGAAAGGCGCGUGAAACGGAUCAUAAACUGAGAAAAAUCUUCAAAGCAGAAUCGGAUCGGAAAGAUGAGGACCAGUCGAUUGGAGAAGUUGAACAAUUGGACGAAGAGGUUUGGGAUUCGUCGGCGGAAGCUUUCGGAGUAAUGGUGGAGGUCAAAGCAGAAGAGGAAGAAGUAGAGGAAUUCGAGGAAGGAACAAUCGUGGCAACGGAACUUGACCGGGACGACGAGGAAGAUUUCGAAGCAGUACAAGAUAACGACAGUGACUAUGUGGAGCCGGCCGCUACCGUUAAACGAAAACGACGCGGAAGACCACGCAAACGUCCAAAGGAUAGCGAUGAUAGCGAUGAUUCUGAUUCGCCUCGUAAAGCAAAAGUUUCUCAAACUAAACGUGGGCCGGGAAGACCUAGGAAAAUUUUGAAUAACUCAGAUGAUGAGUUUGACGACAUUGAAAAGACUACUUUUGAGGUCAUAAAUAUUUUAAAGGGAAAACAUUUAUGUUGUUCAUGUUUGCAAAUUUUCGAUUGCAAGGAACAACUAGCGGAACAUGGUGAAGAGGUUCAUUCGAAGAAACGCGCUGUUAAUUUAUCUAAAACGAAUUUAUGUUUGUUUUGCCAUAGGAGGUACUCCACCCCAUACGCGUUGAAGCAACAUAUCUAUCGUACGAAAACGGCAAAAAGGGUUUAUACCUGUUCGAAAUGCCCUGCUAGGUUUAUAGACAAAGUUCGUCGUCGAAAACAUGCCCAUGACCAUCCUCGGGAACGUGAGAUCAAUUCAUCCAAGGGAAUUGUCCAGGAAGAGCUCGGCCAUAUAUGCUGCGCCCAAGCUUGUUAUAUGGCAUUUCAAACGGAAGAUAUGCUUAUUGCCCAUGCACACAGUGCACACAAGAUAAACAAAGUAGAACAAUCCUUGGACGAAAAUCGCGAUAAACCUUUCGAAUGUCAGGUUUGCUUUAAGCGUUUCUACGAUGAACUUACGCUCCAACGCCAUCAGCAACGCAACUACAAAUCCCUCAGUCAUCAAUGUACGAUCUGUGGUUUAAAAAUGCGUGGUGGCGAGUUAUUGGCCAAUCAUGAACGCUCCCAUCGGAACGAGAAACCUUUCGAAUGUGAAACAUGUCACAAAUACUUUUCUACCAAGGGUAGCCUAAAGGCUCACAUGAUGAUACACAGUGGGGAAAAGCCAUUCAGUUGUACGAUCUGUGGAUGGAGCUUUCGAAGAAAGCGUAAUCUUCAAGUGCACGCACUAUCCCAUACCAACAACCAGCCAUUCCAGUGUGAAGUUUGCCAGAAAACGUUCAAGGCUAAAGUCCACCUACAGUAUCACAUGCGGACACACACCGGCGAAAAGCCUUACCCUUGCCGAUUCUGCGAAAAAGCGUUUGCCGACCACACCAACAGGCAGAGACACGAGAUAUCCCACACCGGCAUUAAACCGUACAAGUGCAGCUACUGCGAUAAAACCUUCAUUCGGAAACGUUUCCAGGUGGACCAUGAGAGUACUCAUACUGGUGUUAAACCAUAUCGCUGCGAGAUGUGCAACCGAACAUUUAGCCAGAAGAGUGCUUUGCGACGGCACCUGGAAUCACAUCCGCUGGCAACAGAAAACGCCACCGCAUUGUCAGUACCAUCGCCGAUGGAGCCAUCCGCCGAUGGAGCCAUCCGCCGGUUCUAGCUACUUCCAACAGA